UUGGAAUAUAUUUAUCAGACACAAAUUGACACUGAACAGAAAGCAACAUUAUUUUGAGACUCUUAUUUUUGCAGAAGGUCCCAUACUUGUUGAAAGCAGAAUAUAUUCAUACAAUUGCGAAUAACAGAUUGCAUAAUUACUGAAUAAAAAAUGUCUGAUUUAUCAAAUAAGUUUAUCACUCAAUCUGAAGUUGAUGAUAAAAGAAAAAAAAGACAAGAAGAAUGGGAACAAAAACGAAGACCAGACGAUCCUAUAGAAUGUCCAGAAGCAGAUAACAGGUCUCUGUAUGAUAAACUUCAGGAACAGAAGAUGAAGAAGGAUGAAGAAUAUGAAGAACAACACAAACUUAAAAACAGUGUAAAGGGGUUAAAUGAAGAUGAAGCUCAUUUCCUAGAAUUUGUGUCAAACAAACAAAUUGAGAUAGAAAAGGCUAGGUCUGAAGAAGAGAAAUCUAUAUUCAAAGAAAUAAAGGAAUCUUCAGUAUCUGCAGUACAACCCUCAUCAUCACAGGAGAAAAAGUCUACCAAAGCUGCUGUACAAACAAAUAAAAGAUCACAAACAUCACUUUUGGCAGGGGCAGUCAAGAGAAAGGGAACAAGUGAAAAUGAAGAUAGUAACAAAAGAAAAAGUAUUGACAAUAAAGAACCUGAAUCCAGUAGCAAUACAGGGGCAAUAAAUACCAUUGCAAGGGAGCAGUUGUUGAAUCAAAGGGCCAAAAUUAUUGGUGUUUUACCAGGACUCGGUGCUUAUGAUAAUGAUACAAGUGAUUCUGAAACAUCUAGUAGUGACUCUGAAUGUGAUUUCAGUAUACAGAAAAAAGUUAAGAUUCAAAUCAAUACACAGUGAUUAGUUUUGACAGUUAUCAAUUUUUGAAAUGUUCCACAUGGUUCCAAAUUUACACCAGUGGUUUAAAAUUUAUAAACAGCCUAAUAUUAAAGGACAAGCUGUUUUGUUUCUUUAUCUGAACCAUUCUUAUAUGCAAAGAAUAUGAAGCACUUGUUCAGAUUUCAGUGAAAUAGAAAACGUUAGCCACCACCAGACAAAAAUGGUUAUGAAUAGUUGACAUUGUUUACAGUUCAACUUAUACUGACUGUUGCAUGUUAAUUUUAAUUGUUAAAACAUAAAUUAUUUGAUCAUUAAAUGUUUUAAUAUUUA